GAAGACAGGCCACGGCGUCCGACACACACAGAAGAAGCCGCGAGUACGAACCCGACGGUCUCCACCGCUCCUCGAUCCAUCGAAGAGAGAUGAGGACGUACGAGCUCAUCAAGGACAAGGACGACCUGGAAGCCGGCGUCAAGUACAACCGGAGAGCGUCGCGGAAGGAUGAGGCGUUCGCCGGCCAGAAGCAGGGGCAGCGCCUCGUCUCCCUCGACGUCUUCCGGGGACUCACCGUCGCGCUCAUGAUAUUUGUAGACGAUGCUGGAGCACUUUUCCCUUCCAUCAACCAUUCUCCAUGGGAUGGUGUAGCCCUUGCUGAUUUUGUGAUGCCAUUUUUCUUGUUUAUAGUUGGAGUUGCACUUGCAAUUACACACAAGGGAGUCACAAACAAAGUUGUAGCAACCAGGAAAUCGGUAUUUCGAGCAUUGAAGCUCUUUGUUGUAGGUCUUCUGAUUCAAGGUGGCUUUCUUCAUGGCCUUCACAAUUUAACUUAUGGAGUUGAUCUUUUGGGAAUAAGAUGGAUGGGAGUGCUACAGAGAAUAGCAAUAGCCUAUCUGUUGGCAGCAAUAUGUGAGAUCUGGCUUAAAACUGAUGAUAAUGUUGAUAAUGGAUAUUCCUUGAUCAGGCGAUACCGAUUGCAAUUGUUGAUGGCUUUGAUUCUUACAACCAUUUACAUGCUUCUUCUGUAUGGCUUAUAUGUACCUGAUUGGGAGUAUCAGAUAGCAGUGGGAGACUCCAUGUCGAAAUCCUUAUCAGUCAGAUGUGGAGUUAGGGGUGACACAGGACCUGCCUGCAACGCGGUGGGAAUGAUCGACCGUCGGAUCUUUGGCAUCCAACAUCUACAUAGACGUCCUGUUUAUGAGAGAACAAAGCAUAAAUUCACCAGAUAGUGGCCCACCUCCACCUGAUGCUCCUUCAUGGUGCCGAGCUCCUUUUGAUCCUGAAGGACUACUCAGGUCAGCUAUCUCUCUGCCUCACUGCCAACAAGUCGGGAGAAUCAUCCUAUUUACCUUUUCUUUGGGUGUGUUGCUGCAACUAAAAGGAAGUCAAUGCUGCAGCUCUGUAA